GAGGCUGCAAAGUUUAAACAAGCAGCUUUGCUGAAAUCUCCACUUUACUGCUUCGCACAGAAAUACCAUGAGGAAUCCCUGGGUUAAUACUGCGUUAACGUUUUAUAUCCUUUGCAAAGCAUUCAAGGUUGGGGCUCAGCUUUGCCUUUACCCUUGUCGCUGUCCCCGGAUCCCGCCCCGCUGCGACCCGGCAUCUUCUCUGGUUGUGGAUCCCUGCGGUUGUUGCCAAGUUUGUGCGAAACAGUUGGGAGAGCCAUGUACCAGAUUGGACGUGUGUGACCCCGAUCAAGACCUGUUCUGUGAUUACAGCAUCAGCUACGCCGGGGACAGAGGGAUCUGUACCUCACUUGAAGAUGGAACAUGUGAAUUCAAUGGGGUGCUCUAUAAGGAUGGUGAUGUAUUCCAGCCCAGCUGUAAAUAUCACUGUUGGUGCUCAGAUGGAGGAAUUGGUUGCAUUCCACGCUGUAGUGAAGAUAUCCGCCUACCCAGUCCAGAUUGUCCUUAUCCCAAACGCAUUGAGGUCCCAGGAGAAUGUUGUCCUCGAUGGAUAUGUGAGAACCAAGACAGUGGUAUCCUUGGUGAUGCUUUGGCAGCAUUCAGGUCAGAUGUAUUCUACGGAAGGUAUCCUUCCAGUGCGUCUUUCAAAUGCCUUGAACAUAGCAGUGAAUGGUCUGCCUGCUCGAGAACUUGUGGGAUAGGUGUCUCCACCCGAAUUUCAAACAAAAAUCCUCAAUGUAUUUUGGAAACACAAAGCCGACUUUGUAUAGUGAAGCCGUGCCAAAGGAAUUACGUAAAUCAAGUUCACAUGGGAAUGAAUAUUUGCCAGCCAACAACCAGGGCACUCCAGCCAGUUCACUUCGAAUACAACAACUGCAUCAGUGUUAGGAGUUACAGGCCUGUCUACUGUGGGUCGUGCUCUGAUAACCGCUGCUGUACUCCAUACAGAACCAGAACAGAAAGCAUAGAGUUCAAGUGUAAGCACGGCAGGAUUGAGAAACAGCAGAUGAUGUUCAUUAUCACCUGUGCUUGUCAUUAUAACUGCUCAUAGGCUUACAAAUAAUUGGAAUCCUCUAACACAUGGCAGCAAAAACAGCAGCUUAUUUCCAAACGACGUUGUACAGUGUAAAAAACAAAGUUACUACUGUAUAUUGAAGAUGUAAGUAUGACACGUGUUUCCAAACAAUUCAAAUGGGAACACUUGUCCUUGAAACUAUCCCUGUUUAAUGCACAGUUCAGCCAUUUUAAUAUUAAGUUUCCAAUGCUGAAAAAAACACAUCGUCCUAACAAAGAAGGUUGGUGAACAAUUUAAGUUACUGCAUGUCAAUAAUUAAUUGCUUUGCAGAAUUCAUCUAAAGCCCUUGUUACUAGAAUCUGAGGUUACAUUUCACUCUGCUGUACGGUUACAAGUAAGAUACCUGGAGCAUUGUGCCUCGAAGCUCUUUGGCUGUGGUAUCUUUGAGACCUGCCUCUGGGAAAUUCAGUAGCACACAGGGUGGCUCAGUAUCACUGUGGAGGGAGGUGGACAUUUGCAGAUCAGUAGGGAAACUAGGGCCAAUUAUUAGCUAAAGGAUUUGAUGGGAUGAGCUGUUUAGUUGUGAAGUUGAGGAUGUUUGUAGCCAAAGGGCCUUUGGUUACUAAGGGUAUAUUGGAAGUCAAGUGUGAAUGGGUGGGGGAGUGUUGGGUUUGGCUUCUGCUGGCAGAUGAGGGGAUCAUGGGGGAGAGUAAGUCUGAGAUCUUGAUGUAAUUAUCACAAACUGGAGGGUGGGAUGAAGGUAGCUGCUGCUGAGGAUGUGGGAGGGAGUAAUUCUGUCCAAGGGGAGCCAGGUACGUACAAUAUUUAAACAGGGCCUCCUGGGAUUGGGUUUCCAUUUCUGGGCUUCACAGGCUGGGAGAUGCUUAAGGAGGCCUGCACAUAUGUAUUUCAAAGUGAAAUACCCAGAAGGAAAAUCUUAGACUGCAUACUGUAACUCCGGCUAAUUAAUGCAUAUUCCGUUCCAUUUGAUUUUUCACCGGAGUUAACUUGCGUGGUUCAUAAUAACACAGUGCUGCAUGAAUCAGCUGCCAAGCAUGAGUUCAAAGGCAAAAUACACCAAAGCAGGAAAUCAGAAAUCAAUGAAAAUCCCAGAAAAUGCAGGAAGUAGCAGACCAGGCUGCACCCAUGGAUUCGUGAAAGAAGCAGGUAUCAUUUUAGGCCCGAUGAAACAUCACCAACCCAAAGUUCUAACUGAGUUUCCCUCUCCACAGAUGCUGCUUGUUGUGCAUUUAAAUUUUUUUCAGUGAGGUGUGGGUGUUAACAAUCACAGUUAGGCACUUGGGUUAACAAUGAACAUCUCUUAAAAUGUAUUUGUCAAACUGAGCUCCCUCUGCUGACAAGACUAGAUUGCACGAGGUACGGAGCAGUGCUCAGCCCCAGCUGAAUGUGAAUCUCCACAGUGGGAUGUGCCACAAUAUAAAGAGGAAACAAUAGUCGCAGCAUUGUCAAAGGUUUGGCUAUUCCUUUUGAUGCAAACAAGAGCAAUAAAGUAUUUUUAAAGUUAAAAGUAAUAUUGCACAUAUUACUACUCAAAAUGUAUAUUCUAAAGCCUUUUGCUUGAAUAAUGUAUUAUAUGUAAAUUUCUGUUUAUCAGUACACAUUUCCAUGCACUUUGUUUAUGUAGUAAUUAUAUUUUUUCAUUAUUUGUCAUUAUUUCUAAUGAUGCAUGUUAUGAGGAGUGAGAGAAUAAUUAACCUUGUAAACAAAAUCCCUUUGCUGUCAUUUCUAUCUGCAUUUUCAUCAAAAAGCAAGUACGAAUUUCCCAUUGUGUUCAUAUUUUUAAAAAGAGGGUAUUUAUGUUUUCACAUAUUUUCACACAGCUUUGCAGAAGUGGCCUUGAUUUUCACCUUACUCUAAGGAUAAUAGAGGGUUACACACAAAAAGCCUUCAAGAAUCUUGCUGCACAAUCACCAAAAACAUAUCUUUGAAUCACUAUGGCAGAAAAUGUACUGGAAAGAGUCAAUGAAUCUCCCACUUGAUGCCUUUCUCCCAACAUCCAUUGCUUGGACUCAGCUCAGCUUAAUAUCAACUGAGGCCUACUUUUUGAGGGACUAGGCUCUCAGCUCAGAGCACCAGCGAGGAAUAUAUCAAUAAUGUAAAAUGCUGGAAGAACCUAGUAUAUCAGGCUCCAUCCAUGGAAAAAGAAACAGUCAACAUUUCUGAUGGUUCUGAUGGAGGUAUCUGGAUCUGAAAAUGUUAAGUGUUUCCCCUUCCAUAGAUGUUGACUGACUUACUGAGUGUUUCUGAUUUUAUUUUCGUAAAAGUUAUGAUCAGUUAAAUCAGGAACUAAUUGUUGGAUGGAGUAAAAUAUGUGUUUAAAGAUCCUGUAGAUAGUAGAGAAAACAUUGUCACAGGUCAGGGUUUUCAAACUUUAUGUAGAGUAAGGGAAGAUUUAACUAGAAUAGAUGGUUGACCAGUGAAGUUUAAAAUUAACAUGGUAUGAAAUUAAGUGAUAAUGGUAAGGUUAGAAAAUUAAAAUAUGAAGAAAGUUCUGAGAAUUUACGAUGGUAACAUUAACACAAUAGUCAAGGAUAGCGAAUUAAUUUUCAAUCUGUGGAUUGCAACUUAUGUCAGAGAAAAGGAGAGACAAUAUUAUAAUGGUUAAAUCCCGAGGCCUGGGCUAAUGAGUCAUAGAGUGUGAGUUUGAAUUCCACCAGAACAGCUAAGAAACUUAAACACUGCAUAAUCAAUCACUGUACAAUUCACUAAGAAAGGAAAUAUGCCAAAUUAUCUGGUUUGGCCAUUUGUUACUCCAGUAAUGUGGAGUAAUGUGGUUGUUUCUUAACCCUUAGCAAACCACACACAAAGUUGAUUAGGAAUGUGCAAUAAAUGCUGUGAAAAAGUUCCUUAUAUAUUAUUCAGGCAGGAUAACUGCACUUAAUUCCCACAAGGGGAGUUAAUAAGAAAGGUAAUGGAAUAGGACCAUAUAAUAAUAGAUUGCUCACACAACUACAAAAAACCUGAUACAUUCUUGUUGAAGAUUGUAUAAACUUGGAGUAGGAAAUAUUUUACAUAUUGCUGUGUGCCUCUCAGAAAAUUUGUCUCGACUUCUGGAAGGAUUUUUUAUCUCCCUUUCUUCCCAUUAUAAAUUACAUAAAUGUAUGCAACAUGCAAAGUUUGUCUGCUGUGAGGCUUUCAAUCCGUUUUGAAAAACAAGGGUUCUAAUGGAAGGAAAAUGAGCUGAAAUGUUCACACAUGGAGCAACCAGGCCUUGUUUCCUUCCGAAUGAAACUAAUACAUUCAGUACUCAAACCACAACCUUUGUCCUAACUGAGAUCAUUGAUUUGUUUUGAUCUCAACCAUAACUAUACACAUGUUCAAUAGACAUCAAGGUCAUAGUGACUGUCAACUUAGCCUCAUGAUGCUUCUAGGCUGCUCCUAUCGGUCUUUGCCAUAUUCCAUAAUUGUUGCAUUAGGAAGGUUGCUCAAACUCCAUACUCAAGGAUUAAAAAGUGGUGACUUUGUCUACUUUUCCUUCUGCCCACAGGUGCAACCAGAGCUCUCAGGGUUUUCCCAAGUGCAGGGAAGACCCAGAAACUACACUCCAUGUUAUGGAGAGCUCACUGGUAGUUUCCAUUUGCCAUGCCUAGCUGGAGUUCUGCAGGGUCUCUACAAAUUCCCUGCACUAUGAAACUUGUGUACUUCAGGCAGUGAUCUUUACCAACCUUAUCCAGUCCCUCAGGAUUCUCCGGAAAAGAGAAUCUUCCACCGUUGCAGACUGGCAAUACUACCCUGCAGCUUCAUUCCUUAAAAUUGGUUGCAAUGAAUUGCUAAGGGUCAACAGCUGUGAGGGAGCUGCAAGCUAAAACCUAAUGUUAGUGCUAAACCCAGUGAGACUGUUCUGUGAGCCUGCCAACUAAAAUUCUUGCUUUUUACACAAAUUUCAUAAACACUAUUAGUGAGACUCAUAAUAUUGUUUUAAUGAUAUGCAGCAAUUUUUCUUGAUACAACUGGUCCAGGUACAACAAGAAAUGUCUUGCCUCCAUAUGCAGUCAGUGAUCAUUUUACUUUAUAUCAAACUAUUCAAUAUAAAUUAAAGGAUGUGGCUGAAAAAGAGACCAACCUUGAUGAUAUUGUAAGACAUCAAAACUAGGUACCUGCAAAGGCUGACAAGGUACCUACCUCCAACCGUCUGCAUAUGAACUAUGUGGCUGGAGAAGGCAUUUAUUAAUGGCAUUAUUUUAAAAGCAGGAUAGCAUACAAAACGUGCAGGAAACUGUUGAACUCUGAAAUAACUUUAGUACGAAAUGAAAAGGUUGAAACUUGAAGGUAAGCAAGCAAAUAAUAUGAAAGAGGGUUCCAAAAGAAAUUUCAGAUGAAUAAAAAGUUGAAAAGAGGCAAGAGUAGAAACUGGACCGCUGGAAAACUAUGCUGGAAAGAUAGUAAUGGGGGGGGGUGGAAGAAAUAUUCCAUCCCAUUCCCAUUCUGAUAUGUCAAUCCAUGGCCUCUUCUACCGUCAAGAUGAAGCCACACUCAGAUUGUAGGAACAACACCUUAUAUUCCAUCUGGGUAGCCUCCAACCUGAUGGCAUGAACAUUGAUUUCUCUAACUUCCGUUAAUGCCUUCCUCCCCUUCUUACCCAAUCCCUUAUUUAUUUAUUUAUUCAUUUAUUAUUUUUACCUUUUUUUUUCUUCUUCUCUCUCAGUCCCUCUCAUAAUAACUCCUUGCCUGCUCUCCAUCUUCCUCUGGUGCUCCCCCCAGUUCUUUCUCCCUAGGCCUCCCAUCCCAUGAUCCUCUCCCUUCUCCAGCCUUGUAUCCCUUUUGCCAAUCAACUUCCCAGCUCUUAGUUUCAUCCCUCCCCCUCCUGUCUUCUCCUAUCAUUUCGGAUCUCCCCCUCCCCCUCCCACUUUCAAAUCUCUUACUAUCUCUUCUUUUAGUUACUCCUGACGAAGGGUCUCGGCCCGAAACGUUGAGUGUACUUCUUCCUAUGGAUGCUGCCUGGCCUGCUGCAUUCACCAGCAUUUUGUAUGUGUUACUUGAAUUUCCAGCAACUGUAGAUUUCCUCAUGUUUGCAUCUAUGGAUAUUGUACACAUGGAUUUUCAGAAGGCCUUUGAUAAGAUGCCACACAUGAGUCUACCGAACAAGUUAAGAGCUCAUGGUAUUACAGGAAAAACACUGGCGUGGAUAGAAGAUUGGCUGACUGGUAGGGGCAUAGAGUAGGAAGAAGUGGCACAUUUUCUGGUUGGCUGCUGUUAACUUGUGGUGUUUUGCAUGAGUAGGUGUUGGGUUGUUUUACAGGUGUAGGUGUUGGGACUGGUUCUCAUCACCUUGUGAGUUAAUGAUUUCGAUGAUGGAAUUGAUAGCUUUGUGUCCAAGUUUGUGGAUGAUACGAAGAUAGCUGGAGGGACAAGUAGUGUUAUAGAAGCAAGGAGUCUGCAGAAGAACUUAGACAGAUUAGGAAAAUAGGAAAAGAAGUGGCAGAUGGAAUAAAAUGUAGGGAAGUCCUGUACUUUGGUAGAAGGAAUGAAGGCAUAGAUUAUUUUCUAAUGGGAAGAAAACGUGGUGUAACAAUGGGUCUUGGGAAUCUUCAUGCAGGAUUCCCUAAAGGUUGACUUGCAGGUUAAGUCAGUGGUAAGAAAGACAAAUGCAAUGUCGGCAUUCAUUUUGAAAGGACUAGAAUAUAACAGCAAGGAUGUAAGGCUGAGGCUUUAUAAGGCAUUGAUCAAACCGCUGUUGGAGUAUCGUGAGCAGUUUUGGGCCCCUUUUCUGAGAAAAAAUGUCCUGGCGUUGGAUGGAGUCCAGAGGAUGUUCAUGUAAAUUAUUCCAGGAAUGAAAGGGUUAACAUAUGAGAAGUGUUUGAUGGCUCUGGGCCUGUACUUGCUGGAGUUUAGAAGAAUGAGGGGGAUCUCACUGAAACCUAUUGAAUUUUGAAAGACCUAGAUAGAGUGGAUUUGAGGAGAACGUUGCCUAUAGUGGGGGAGUCUAGGACCAACGGCACAGCCUCAGAAUAGAGAGAUGUCCCUUCUUAACAGAGAUGGGGUGGAAUGUCUUUAACUAAAGGGUGGUGAAUCUGUGGAAUUCCUUGCCACAGACAGUUGUGGAGGCCAACUCAUUGAGUAUAUUUAAAAUGGAUGUUGGUAGUUUCUUUACUAAUAAAGGCAUCAAAGUUUACAGGGAGAAUGGGGUUGAGAGGGGUCAUAAAUCAGCCACGGUGGAAUGGCAGAACAGACUCAAUGGGUCAAAUGGUCUAAUUCUGCUCCUAAUUCUUUUGAUCUUAUGAUCUAAUUCUCAGAACUCAUGCUGACAAAUCAUCAUUAUAAAUAAAUACAAAUAAAGUUUGCCCGCUUACUUAUUCACAUAAUGUCAUAGAUUCUAUAAUUUAUAUGGUAUAUAAUACAUUACUAUAAUAUAAUAAGAAUAAUGGUAAGACUUUCAUCACUCAUUGCUUCUGCAGAGUAAACCAGCAACUCAUUAUCUGUGUGUG